UGACAGUGUAAUGUCUUGUUCUUAUAUUUCGUGGACACAUGCUGAUCGUUUCUGUAUUAUUUCCUGCGCCUCAGAGCUUUCUGGAUCACUCGUUUAGGAGAAACAGCGAGAGCUAAUGUAACCGCUUGUGUUGCAGGGAUCCGCAAUUUAAAAUCGCAGAGAGCAGUUUUUUCACCACUCUUUGAGACUUUGGGCUAGUGGUAAUUAGCUAGAAGAGAAUAAAACCAGCUGAUCGGGAGAGGGGUGGUGCAUUUUGGAGCGAGAUGGCUAACAGAAACAUUCUGUGGCUCUUCUGUGGACUCUUCCUCUUAGCACUGAUUCAGCCCUCUCUUCAAGGAGGUGUUUAUGUACCACCCGGCCCUGGGUUUGGACCAGGAGGCACCGGACCAGGAACUGGAUUUUUUCCAGGUACUGCUGGAGGAGUCCCCCAGGGCUAUAAACCAGCUAAAGCUGCAGGGGGUUAUGGAGGCGCGGGCCGUGGCGGCGUGGUGCCAGGAGGUGUUGGCCCUGGUGGUGUGGGCAUUGGAGGACUGCCAACAGGACAAGGUGGAAAAGCCCCUAAACCAGGUUAUGGCAAUCUAGGAGCCGGAGGUCUCGGAGGACAUGGAGGAGGUGGCUACGGGGGAUAUGGUGGAGGCACUGGGGGCUUUUUCCCAGGAGCUGGACAGAAGGCUGCCAAAAGAGGGGCUGGAGGACAUGGAGGAGGACCUGGAGCACCCGUUAUUCCUCAGACAGGCCUUCCAGGAGGGACUGGUGGUGGCGGAGGAAAGAAAGCUGCCAAAGUGCCAGGUGUGGGUGUGCCUGGACUUUACCAAGGCGGGCUGGUGCCAGGAAACGGGUUCGGUGGACGUGGAGUUCUGCCUGGGGUGCCCACCGGGACUGACCUGAAUCCUAAAUCAAUUGGAGGAGGAGGAGGACCUGGAGGUCAAGGACCAGGUCGUGGUGGGUAUGGUGGACAAAUGCAGCCGGGAGUGUUCCAUGGAUAUCCCCUCAAAUCACCCAAAGCUCCAGGGAGCUAUGGAGCAAAACCCGGAGGUGGCAAACUUCCCUUUGGUUACGGGGGCUUUGGUAAUGGUGGAGCCGGACUUCCAGUCAAAGGUGUCCCUGGAUCGAGGCCUGGAUAUCCUGUUGGAACCGGAGUAGGGCCUGGGGGCAUCUCACCUGCUCAGGCUAAAGCUGCCAAAUACGGUGCUGGUGGCACUGGUGGACAGUAUCCAGGGCAGGUGCCUGGAGGAUAUGGAGCUGCAGCCAAGGCUGCUAAAUACGGAACAGGACAACUGGGAGCAGGAGGACAAUUGGGAACAGGAGGACAACUGGGAACAGGACAAUUGGGAACAGGAGGACAAUUGGGAACAGGAGGACAAUUAGGACCAGGAUACGGAGGAUAUUCUGCUGCUGCCAAAGCUGCAAAAUAUGGAGCAGGAGGACAACUAGGAACUGGUGGACAGCUGGGAACAGGAGGACAACUGGGAACUGGUGGACAACUGGGGACAGGAGGACAAUUAGGAACAGGAUACGGAGGAUAUUCCCCUGCUGCUAAAGCUGCUAAAUACGGAGUGGGAGGACAAUUGGGAACAGGAGGACAACUUGGAACAGGAGGACAAUUGGGAACAGGAGGACAACUGGGAACAGGACAGUUGGGAACAGGGGGACAAUUAGGAACAGGAGGAUAUUCUGCCGCUGCCAAAGCUGCUAAAUACGGAGCAGGAGGACAACUAGGAACAGGACAACUGGGAACAGGACAACUGGGAACAGGACAACUGGGAACAGGACAACUAGGAACAGGACAACUGGGAGCGGGAGGAUAUUCUGCUGCUGCCAAAGCUGCUAAAUACGGAGUAGGAGGACAAGUUGGAACAGGAGGACAACUUGGAACAGGAGGACAACUUGGAACAGGAGGACAACUAGGAACAGGAGGACAAUUUGGAGGAUAUGGAGGAUACUCUGCUGCUGCUAAAGCUGCUAAAUACGGAGUAGGUGGAACAGGGGGACAGUUAGGAACCGGAGCACAGUUGGGAACAGGAGGACAGUUAGGAGCAGGAGGGUAUGGAGGGCCCGGAGGAGGUGGAGGAUAUUCUGCUGCUGCCAAAGCUGCUAAAUAUGGUGUUCCAGGCGGACCAGCGGUAGGUGGCGGAGGAGGGACUCCGUAUUUACCAGGAUAUGGAUCUUUGGCAGCUGGUGCCAAACCUCCUAAAUACGGAGUCCCAGGAGCAGGUCUAGGAGUCCCUGCUGGACCAGGACAGGUACAGCCUGGUUUAGGUGGACAUGCUGGUUAUGGAACUGGAGUCAAACCCCCAAAAUAUGGAGUUCCAGGAGGAACUGGGGUAGGAACAGGGGUAGGAACAGGACAGGUACCAGGAGCUGGCCCAUACUCUGCUGCAGCAAAAGCUGCUAAGUACGGCGGUGCAGGAGCUGGGUUGGGAACAGGAGGAUUAACCGGAGGUGGACAGUAUUCUGCUGCAGCAAAAGCUGCUAAAUAUGGUGCUGGAACAGGUUUAGGAGUAGGAGGAGUACCAGGGGGUGGACAAUAUCCUGUUCCCUCAAAAGCCGAUAAAUACGGUGUCACUGGACUUGGUGUACCAGGAGGGACCCCACUUCCGGUUGGCAGUGGUCUACCAAAUGGCUCAUUUGUAGGUGGCAUAGGUGUCCCCGGAAAACCAGCUAAGGAUGUAGGUCUUGGUGGAACAUCUGGACCAGAGCCCACGCAUAUUUCUGCAAUUGCAGAGACCCCAGUGGUCCCAGAUUCCAGCGUUGGCGGUGGUGUUAUUCAGCCGAGUGCUGGCACAAGUGUUGGUGGUACAGGAGUUCAGGUUCCUGGUGUUGGUCCAGGUCAGCCUGUUGUACCUGGAGUCCAGCAGCCUGGAGGCGCAGGUGUCAAAGGCCCUAAACCAGUGGUUCCAGGUGUUGGUCCAGGCGUUGGGUAUCCUUACGGCGGACCUUACGGAGCGCCUUAUGGUACUGGACCUGGUACUGGACCUGGGAUUGGACCUGGAGUCGCCCCACUGCCAGGAGCAAAGCCUCUGAAACCUCCAUUUGUGGGUGGAACAGGAGGUGGCGCAGGAAUCCCUUUGGCAGCAGGAGGAUAUCAAGGGGGAUACAAUCCAUAUCAUCAUGGUUAUGUGCAGGGUGGAGGCGGGUUAACGUAUCCCUCUGCGCCUGGACUCGGAGGUGCUGGAGCUAAAGCGCCCAAACCAGGCUACGGCAAUGUUGGAGUUGGUGGUGGAUAUCAGCAAGGUGUGGCUCCUGGUUAUAGAGGAGGAUACCCCCAGCAGUACUACCCCGGUGGAUAUGUGCCAGCCCCACUGACUCCUCAACAAGCCAAGGCAGCAAAGUACGGUCCACUGCAGGGCUUCUUGGGCACAACCGGAGGAGGAGGAGGAGGAGGAGCCUACAGAGGUGGAGUUGCAGGAUGCCAGGGCAAAUACUGUGGGAGGAGGAAGUAGAGGAUCUCUUGAGAUCCAGUGACCUCAAGAAACCAUGGUGCUACUGCAUGAUCGAGAAUGUACAUUUAAAUAUGCAAACGAAGCCCCAUUAGACAACCUGUAAAGAUGUUUGUUUGUACUUGACUUCUGUUUUUAUACAAACCCACCGACCCAGAAUUUUGUACACGUUCUGAUGUGACGUAUAUUAUUGAUAAUCAUUAAUGUGUUCAAGUUAAUCCAGCUUCAACUGUGCUGCACCGGCCUACGAGUGGGUUUGUGACACCGUGUGUGUUGCUGUGCUGCGUUAUGUUUCUGUGUGUGUCUGUGUGUGUGUUGUUUGGGCAUGUGGUUGUACUGUUGUGCGAAAGACUGUCUGAACCAUCGGCUGCCAAUGUGACCUAGGAAUGAUUUUGCUUUUAAUCCUGACGCACGUUGAUCUGUCUCACCUGGCUGCCCAGAGCUCGUCUCCUCUCUGACAUGUCACAGGGUUUUUGGUCGGAGCUCGGUCCAAGAACUGAUGAAAUCUGGCCAAUCUCUGCGUCGUUCCUGGCUCCCUGUCUUCUCCGCUGCUAUUUUUAGGCCUGCUGGGGAUGAAGGCAGCGGGAAAUUGGGGCUCCGGCCAACCCAUCUGCUCUCAGCAACUUUUUGCUGAUUCUAAUCGCCGUGCAGUUCAGUUUUCUCAGCAUUUUUAACGUUGCCAGAUAUUUUCACCUCUUUACGGAAGACAAUCAAAAAGUGCUUUAUUCUCUUCGGGAAUUGAAAGGCAGUGCUAACCUAUAAAUCAGAUGCGACUCUGGCAUGUACAUGAUGUAUGUCUGUUUAAUUGUGUCUGGGAUAGAUAGAGCGCUUCAGUCUGCUUCCCAUGUUUAGUCUCAUUUACAUUAUCUAACUUGUCAUUAUUCAAGUUUUUUUUCACCAUGCUUUGACUCAUAGCUUUAUUGUUAUCAGGAACGUGUGAACAUAAAUCAAUCCCUCUGCAUUUACUCACUGUUAUUAACUGUAUUACAGAUUAAUACUCUGUUUUAACGGGACGGCCUGUGUGUUUACGUGAGGCAUAAAAAUCCCUUUAUUUACUUGAGCUGCUUCUAAAAAGGCUUUACUGACCAAAGGUUCAUGAGCGCUGUUGCCAAGUGAUCCCCCCCCCCCUCCCCAUCUCUUUCUGUAACUGUGUACUGUAUUUUGUACUAAUAUGAUGUUAGCUGGCUUCAGUUCCUUCACUUCGGUGCUGUGUAAGAACUGUCUGUGAGCCUCGCCGGGUCAGACCUUGUCUAAUGUGGCGUGGGAGACUCUUCAUCUUUAUUUAAAGCUGUUUUUAUAAGGAGGAACAGUGUGGUUUUGCACUUUUUAAAUUUUCCACGACACACAUGUGACUUGUUCCCGGACACCCCGGCAUUUUAUUUGCUUCAAAUAACUAAAUAAAAUGUGUGUAAAGAA